AUGGCUUCUUCUGGGUUCGAGGGCUACGAGAAGCGGCUGGAGCUCGUGUUCUCACUGCCGAGGUGUGGCGGCGCGCGGGCGCAGCACGGGCUCCGGCUGCUGCCGGUGGGCGCGCUCCGGGAGGCGCUGGAGGCCGUGCAGUGCACCGUGGUGUCGGCGGCGGGGAACGCGGCGUUCGACGCGUACGUGCUCUCGGAGUCGAGCCUGUUCGUGUACCCUUCCCGGGCCAUCCUCAAGACGUGCGGCGCCACGCGGCUGCUCCGCGCCGUGCCGGUCCUGCUCCGCGCCGCCGGCGACGAGCUCGGGCUCGCGCUCCGGUCGUGCCGGUACUCGCGCGGCUCGUUCCUCUUCCCCGAGGCGCAGCCGUUCCCGCACGCCGACUUCGCCGACGAGGUGCGCUACCUCGACGGCGCCGUCCCGAGCGGCCUCCGCUUCCGCCGCUCCAGCGUCAUGAUGCCGCCCGAUGACUGCCGGCAUAGGUGGCACGUGUACACGGCGUCAACCUCCGACGACGACGACGACCACGACUUCAACGGCGUGACGCAUUUCACCGUGGAGGUGUGCAUGACCGAGCUGGACCGCACGCUGGCCAGGCGGUUCUUCCUGACCCCCCGCGACGCCCUGCGGACCAGCCACGCCACCGGCGACGCGAUGACGGCGGCGUCGGGUCUCGGCGGCGUGAUCAACCCGCGCUCGGUCGUCUUCGGGUACGCGUUCGCGCCCUGCGGUUACUCGAUGAACGCGCUGGACGGCGCGUGCUACGCCACCGUGCACGUCACCCCCGAGGACGGGCACAGCUACGCCAGCUACGAGCGCGGCGGCGCCGACGCCGGCGCGCUCGCGUCCAUCGGCAAGGCCGUCGCCGUGUUCCGCCCGGCCACGGUCUCCGUCUCCGUCUGCUACGGCACCAAGGAGCGCACUCCUCAAGCCAUUGACGCCGCCUGGGUAUGGUCGGCGGUCGCCGACGCCGUGGAGCCCCUGGGCCUCGCCUGCCGGAGCCGGGCGGCCGAGGCCUUCCCGGGCGCCAUGACCGUGACGUACCAAACGUUCACGCGUACUCCAGCGCGGCUUCACUCGACAUGA